GACACGGAAUCUGAAGCAGGCUCCAAGCUCUGAGCAAGCGGUCAGCACGGAGCCUGAUGCGGGGCUUGAACUCACAAACUGUGAGAUCAUGACUUGAGCCGAAGUCGGACGCUCAACCGACUAAGCCACCCAGGUGCCCUGAUAAAGAUUUUUUUUUUUUAAAAGAAGAUAAUUCAAAACUAUGAACUGCUGGAGAUCAUUUAAUUAAAUUAUCUUGGUAUAUUAAAUAGGAUAUCAAUGGGCUUAAAGAGAUAGUCAACUUUUAAAGUGUCUUAGGCAUUAAGCAAAUCUGGUUUAGUCUUGAGAGAUCUAAAAGCAAUGACAGAAAUAACCAGUCUACAUGAUAGGACUAGGUGCUGGUUAUAUUUCUUUGUGAUUUAAGCAGGAAAAAUAAAGUUUCGUGGAAUGUAUCCAAAUUGGCUAGAAUAGCUUCCCUAAUCAACUGGAGAUUUUUUGGCCACCCAUAAGCCCUAACUGGCCUUAUCUUUCAUGCUUCUCAUUAUAUUAUGUAAAUAAUAAAAUAUUUGAAUUAAAGAGAAACUAAAGGUUACCUAGUUUAGUCUUUAAAAUUUAUCUAUGAAGAAACUAAGACCCAAGGAAGUUAAAUGAUUUACUUAAGUUUUACCAUCUGAGGACUGGUUGAAGAAGCAGAUAGAUAAAUGUUUCUGCUCUAAUGAAGAUCACAUUUUAGUUGGAAGGGGACACAGAAGAAGCAAAGCACACAUACUUGAAGAACAAAGUAGAUGGUGAUUAUUCUUCCCAGCCAGGCCAGCCUCCUCUUCAUUCCAAGAGCACGUUAUAUUCCUGUAGCAGGUACAUCUCAGACCAUGAGAACACAACUCUGCCACAUACUUGAAAAUUCCAUCAUCACUGCCUUGACAAUGUGUACAGUUAAUUGGAAUGUCACUGCUCAAGUCUCAGAAUCUUGCCUGGGUGCCUCCGCAUGUGAGAGGAGCGAUGUAGAAAAAUAUGGGAAUGACUUCAGCACAAAAAUGGAUGGGAAUGGAGAAGUGGUGGCUUCCUGAGCUGCGAUGGACAGGAAGUCCGUGUUCACAGACACAUCUCUCUGCCUUUACUGGGAUCACUUCCAAAAAUGAAGGGAUCCCCAGAAAAGCAACCAAUGCAUGGUGACCUGAAAACCUUCUGGGGGCUUUGCUUUGCUUGGUUUGAAAUGGUGACACAUAAGCUUACACUGGUUAAGUAAACAGGCAACAUUGAACAACAUUUAACCUGGAUGUUGUGGUGGAUUGCAAAAGGUCACUGUAUUCUUUAGUUAACAUUUGUAGUGUCUCCACGUCUGCUUUCUUCCAGAACAGGAAGCGGAAGUUCUAAACUACCGCCAACUCUUGGUAUUUCCGGCCUUGCUGAGACCAGAAAGCAGCGGAAGAGACAAAUCUUUCUUGUGAGAGUUCCCAUUUGAUUUUCAAAUCAAGGUGCACAGGAUCAAAGGUCUCUUGAGUACAGAUCAGCAUCCCAAACUUUGAUGCUUAUCUAAAUAAACAGCUUGGAACUCUGCUCUAGUAGUUGUAACACAGGCAGGUGACUGAGAUAAAGAGGUAAAUCAGCUGCUAAGGAAUGAGGGGAAAUUCCCACCUAAUAGCCAAAAGCAACAAUAUUUGAGCAUGUGAUUGCCUCUUUUUUUAAUUUUCUAAGGUAUGGUGAUCAACACCUUUAAUAAAUUGAAGAUGGAAGGUCUUAGACCUCGAGUAAAUUGGAGGAAAAAUCGUUUCCACAAAUGGAUUCUUUCAUUAUGAUAAAAAAUUGCUGAAGAUCUUUAGGGAGUCACCCUGCCAAGAAUUUUGGCUGCAGUUGAACUAGUUAAUAUACUUUUGUUAUAUGAUCUCUAAAAUAACUUAAAGCAUAUGGACAUAGAAGAAACAGAAAAGAUCAUACCAUGUUUUCUGUGUAUUAUUUAGCUUAGAUUUUCUCUUGAAAUGAUAUGUGAUUUUUUUCUACAGGGAAAAAUAUUCACACUAUAAGAAAUCAACAGAAAUUUAGAUUAUUUUUAAAAUAGUGAAACUUCUAGAUGGAAACCUUGGAAGAUAAUUUGUGAACAAAAAGAGUGCAUUUGGUGUGUCAUUGGGCAAACUGAUAAAACACAUUCAUCUUAAAAGGAGGUGAGGAAUUUCUACUGUCCCCAGAGCUUCCGUUGGUAAGUUAGUCCUACCACUGUGAACAAACGAAAUGAAACUAGAGGAGUAUUUUAGUUAUACUCAUGGUUUAGCAUCUUCAGAAACACUAGUCUGAUACUUCUGUCUGUUGAGUUUUUAAGGGAAUUAGUUUUCAAUACCAGCCUUAAAAUAUCUGGACUAAAAUAAUCACAUUAGCCCUUGUUAAAUGUACUCAUAAUCAAGUAACAAAACAAUAGUGUUCUCCCUACUUUAUACCUAAAGCUUGAAAUUUCUAAUCAGUGUUUCCACUUUGUUGUGUGACAUUGCAUUGCUUAGAGCUUCCUGAAAUACUUGCAUGCCAUAUACAUUUCUAAUCUAUAUAAAAGAACACUGAUACAUAAGCGAUGUCUUUUCCUCUAGCUUAAAAUAAUAAGUCCAUUUCUGCACAAUCUGAGAACACAGACAACUUGAAUCUUGAAUAAGAAGCUCUGGAUUCUAAGUUGAGUCCUGCUGUGAAAUUAAUCUUUGCUUUAGAUCUCCACCUUGUGGUUAAACGUUUAAAAUGUAAAUUCCUUUGGAUUUUAUGAUCCUGGUUUAUAGAUUCUUUUAAGAAGGAAGUCAGGAUGGACAUUGUCUGAAAAUACCUUAGUUGAGAUGAUGUGUGAAAAUAACUGAGGCUUAGAAUUGGGUACUUAAAAAUUUAUAAUUCAGAUUUAGCUUAUUUCAGGAUGAUUUUUCCCACUGAGGCACUUGUUUGCCACUUUUUGUUCAGCUACCUUAAGAAGUUAGUUUUGGGUUUCUUAAGGAUUGAAGAGGCUUUCAGGGGCCAUCUUUUAAAUUAGUUCUGGAAUAGAAGGAGCCAAUAAGGGGAACCGCAUUAGUAGUAUCUUCCCACACCUUCAGUAGCCUCCAAUGAGUGGAUUAGAUUAGAGAUUACAACCUCAGAACGUUGGGGAGAAACAUAAGAAGUACUCUAACGUGUGGUUUAACUUGGUCCAAGAAAGCAGACAGGUGACAACUUGAACAUCCUGUGAUUUCAUUUUCUAAGUUUCCUCAUCACAGCAUAGAAAAGCUGUAAGGCAUUCGCUGGGUGUAUGGCAGCUCUCUAUGCAGCUUGUAGACCACAUCAGUCCAGCACAAAGUCCCACCAGGGGGAAGCCUGAUGUACUCCGACUAGAGCUCUUUGGAUUUACAUAAGGUUUGGUUUACAGAAUUUGGCUAACAAAGUACAAUUUUUAUUAUACUGACUUGUUUACAUGUUAUGCUUGACUCCUGUCUUUUUGUUUCACACUCCAAAGCAAAUGGUGACUCUACCUCAAAAUCACACCCAGGAUCUGACAACUCCCCUUCACGUGCAUUGUUCAUAGGAUUCAGACUGAACCUGUUAGGAUAAUCCCAUCCAGGAUAGCAUAUCGCACAUUAGGAUUCUCUAGACCAUGACAAGAAGUCUUGAGGCUAUUCUUGGAAGGAAGACGACAGAUGGUUUUCUCAUCACGUCAUAUCCAGAGUGAGUGACUAGAUAAGUCACAGCUUUAUGCUAUUCCCUUUUUGGAAAGCAUUUUUUAAAGCUACUUAAUGCUAAAUUGUCCUUACUUCUACAACUUUUUAAUUAUCUCUCUGGAGGGACAAUGUGGAUAGGAGACAAAGGGAGGAGAAUAAAAGUGAAGAGGUCAAGAAGAUGUGAGGAUCAUGACAGAUGAUCUAAGUUCUUUGUGUGAACCUCAUCUUCAGUCUCCUCUUCCGUGAAACAGGGAUCAUUCUAUUAGCAACCUCAUGGUUUAGAGUAAGAAUUAAAGGUAAUUAAAUAUGUUCGUACAUGGACAGCACUUAACAGUGCCUCGGACGUGGUAAGUACUCAAUGAUCACUAGCUAGUUCAUCUGGUGACGUGCAAGAGUAAUGGUUUCAGGUCUGAAGCCGACUGCCAGCACUACUGCAAAAGUUUAUGAGAUCUUGGACAAGUCAUUCUCUGGGCCUCAGUUUCUCUCUGUAAAAUGAAGGCCCUAGGGUGGAAAAAUGAUGUCUAAAAUCCUUUCUAGCUUUUGAAUUGGGAUGAGGUGGCAGAAGAGACUGGAUGUAUGGAUACUGCCAAGGCCCCGACUUUGUGGGGACAGAAGCUACCUGUGAGAGAGGAUGGACAUGUGGGAGGACAUCUGGAGAGGGGUCAUUAAGGAUACAUUUUAAUUUCUUCAACAUUUUUUUUCAGGAAGUGAGGAAAAGGGAUUCUUGGUUCAGGCUCUUUCAAUUAAGUGUUCACUUAGACUUUUAACGAUCUUUCUCAAGCAGCAUGAAGACAGCUUGUAGGUCUCUUGGUCUUUAUUUUGGGAAAGGGUGGAUAGCUGAGGUCCUUAUAGAAAAGAUCACAACUGAAACACAAACCAGAAUCACAAGUCCUAGAGAACUAGGACGCUGGCUGAGCCAAAAGGGAGGCUCCCUUUGGACAAGCUACCAGACACAUGUUGCCUGUGUCUUCUCCCCCUCUGGGAGCCAGUUUUCUCUUCCUUAGACAGCUUACUCCCCAUUCCAUUACAGACUAUGGGAAUUUUGACUGUGUAAGGAGUCAGAGACUAGGCCCCUGGUGCUUUUCCUCCUUCUGGGGCUGUCCCCCUUGCUGACCACAGGCUUUGUGGCUUUAUUACAAAAAGUAAAAGCAGAGCAUUACAUACCCCAAAGUAUGCCAUGACAUAGUUAUUCUGUGCUUUCUUCUCUUGACAUUAGUACCAAAAGAGAAUAAGCAUGUAAACAUCUGUUUUAUAUAAGCUAAUUCUAGACUUUUAACUUGAUUAGUAUAAGAGAAUAUUUGAUGUGAUUAAUUUUCCAGUUACAACACAAUGGCUUUCCAUUCUUUUAUUGCCUUCUUAAGGGAGACAAGAGAAGAAAAAAUAACCUAACUUUAUUUAUUUAUUUUUUUUUUUAGUUUCAUAGCAGUACCAAGUAUAACCAUUAGAGUUGGUACAAAAGUAUUCUUCUUUUAAUUCAGUUGUAGUCACAAGUUACCUAUCCUGUAGAAAUGUGCUAAAAUAAACAUAAAAUAAUCCUGAGCCUCAUUACAUACAGAAACAGACAUUCUGGGAAAGAUCAUUCAUUGAGGACAACAUCACACCAUCUAGUGAUUUGCAGGAGACAGUUUAUUAGAAAGCGGUGUAUGUACCCACUGCUUUAUGGCAAUCUUCUGCAGCACUCAUUCUUUUAAGCCAAUGUUUUUCUGAGCUACGCUUUAUUAGGCCUAGUAUGACAAAUGCUUCCAACUAGGUGAUCGCUUGAAAUACUUAGCCAGCAAGCAGGAUCUUAUCCUGUCUAGGGCAGGAAGAAGAAUUUCAAGAGAGAAAACUGAAUCAGAGAGAGGAUUUUAAAACUUUUUUCUUUUUUUAUGUUUAUUUAUUUUUGAGAAAGAGACAGAGAGAGCGUGAGUGGGGGAGGGGAAGAGAGAGAGGGAGACACAGACUCCAAAGCAGGCUUCAGGCUCUGAGCUGUCAGCACAUACCUUGAUGCAGGGCUCAAACUCAUGAACCUUGACAUCACGACCUGAGCUGAAGUCUGGUGCUUAACCGACUGAGCCACCCAGGUUCUCCCAGAGAGAAGGUUUUAGUAUUGACUUUGCUAUAAAUGAGCCACACUACUUUUUAAAAAAAUGUCACCUUUUCUUGGGCGCCUGGGUGGCUCAGUAGGUUAAGUGUCCAACUGCGGCUCAGGUCAUGAUCUCAUGGUUCGUGGGUUCGAGCCACGUUGGGCUCUGUGCUGACAUUUCAGAGCCUGGAGCCUGUUUUGGAUUCUGUGUCUCCCUCUCUGUCUCUCUCUCUCUGCCCCUCCCUGGCUCUGAAAAAUAAAUAAACACUAAAAAAAAAAAGAUGUCACCUUUUCGUAUUUCCCCCAUUCUCCAAGGUUAACAGUGAUGAGAACAGGUGAUGUAAAGAGAUUUUUGCUUGUUAGCAUGACACUGGAGAUGUUCCACAAUCUGCUAUAUGGUACCACAAAGUCUGCCAUUGUAUAUGAAUCUGCAGGAGGAGCUAAUCUCUUCUCCACUGCCAAGUCCUAUCUCCUGGAUCUUCUAGGGCUUCCUGGAGGAAUUUGGGGGUGGGAGGAUGGUCUAGGAUAGAUCUAUGAUAGGAUAGAUAAACUAAACCUGCUCCCAGUAAAUAAAAAAAAUUAUUUCACUUUUUCCUCUUGUCCCUGUCUCUGUCCCCAGAGCCUUUAAAGAGCACUUUUUGACUUGGGCCUCUUUGGUGCUACUAUGCAGAUCUCUUCAUAAAAAGCAACUGAAUGAUAAUAAUAAUUUUGAUAUUGUUCUCCCAGUCUCUCCUUGUCUUAUCUGUGGCUAUUAUUUUUAGUUCAUGAGCCCUCAAAAUUUACAGGCUGAGGGCAGCAUUGGGAAGCAGUGGAAAGCACUGGCAUGGCAAUCAGCUGGUUCAAGUUCUGGUUCUACUGUUCAUUAACAUCGGCCUUAGGCAAAUUGCUUCAACUCUCCAAGUUUCAGUGUCCUUAGGUGAAGAGUGUUGUUAAUAAUAUUAUUACUGCAGCCUACUCCUAUUUUUGUCCUUUCCCCCAAUUUGCCUCUUUUAUUCCAUUUCUCACUCAUUGUCUGAGUGACUUUGCUGAAAUAUAACUAUUUUUUUUUUCUCUUUAGCUUCAAUUCCUCUAGUAUCUUUACAUGACCUCAGGAUAUGAUCCAAGCUCCCACCAGUUUCAGGCAGGUACAACCUGACAGCGUCUUCCCUCAGGCAUCUCCUACAUGUUUCCUGUGUCUGUCCAGGGCUUUUGUAUUGAUGUUUUGGGGCAGGAUGCCAAGGAAAUCAGAUUAGCAUCCAUGUAUGUGGGACCCAAAAAUGUGGGGUUGUUUGGACCCCAUGAGGUAAGUCAUUGACCAAUGAGAAGGGGAGCUAAUGAGCAAGUACUUCCCCCUUUUAUCAUACCCACUCCCUUUUCUCCUUCACAACAGUCUUGAGACAAUUAACAUCAGGGCUUUCAAGUUCCAUGGGACCCAGUAACCAGUGGCUUAUAGCAGAGGCCAUCUUCGUAAUGUACUCUUGCACUUCCCUACCUCAUUCCUCUUAUCCUUCAUGCCUGCAGCCUGAGAAUCAUACCCUUACCUUCAUCUCAGGCUCUGCAUUCUGGGGAACUUUCGCCAAGACUGUCACAUAAUUUUAGAGCUGAAGUUAAUUUUCCAAAUUGUUUAGUAUGAUGUGUUUGUGAUAAUUAGUGGCUAAAGCAAGACUGGAUUCACAGACUAGUGCUCCUUCCAACCUCAUAGAGACUGUUUUUAAUAACAAAAGCAAGAAAUGAGCUCGGAUAUAUUGUUAUUUCUGGGCAAUACUCUGACUUAAGCAGUACUGUCUUUUUUGCCCAACCCUUCCUACCCCCACCCUGGGCCAUGCCCUCUUCCCAGCCUAACCACUUUCUCCCAAUGUGUAUUCUUGGUAUUCUCUGCUGACUGCCUGCCGAAAUCUGCUUUCAGGGACUUGUUUAUUUUAAAGUGUAAAUAAUAUUUCUGUCCACAGGCUACCUUGUCUCCAGAGGCCUGCAUUUCAACAGAGAUCAAACUUUAUUGAGAAGGAGUAGAAGAGCCCAGGUGUGUUCCUCCAGUGUCACAAAUCAUGUUGUCAUCAAUUACAUGAGACUAAAGUGGAGACAUGCAUCUGGGAUUAUGGAAGAUAAAUGCUAAGAAAGACCAUGAUUCCAGAGAGAUGGGAAAUAAAUGAGGCAAGUUUUAUAAUUGGUCCAGUUUCCCACUUUCAGAGAGUUUCCAGGUCAUGAUGUACAGAGGCGGAAGCAAGGUGGAACCCAGCAGGCUGAGAGUUGAGGAGAUACAGGUGAGAGUCCAAGGACACUAAGAAGCUAGAGUUUGCAGGAGAGAGAACCUGAAGGAGCUAUGUAGAUAGAAAACUCCAGAGAUCUGAAUGGAGUCCCUCUUAAAUAUUCAGCUGAGUACUGACCAGCAUAUGCAUGUGAAAAAAUUGGCUAAGGCCCAGGAAAGAACCGCUUGAAAGGAAUAAAGGUAACUAACUGUGCCCACACUCACAAGGGGAUGGGAACAGGUCUGUCCCCACCAGCCGGACUGGAAAACCUCAUGAUUCACAGAGUACUGGUACAAUGACAGAUGGGUCUUUGUCAGUAAUGGGGAAUAACUAGUUCUAAAAUGAAUACUGCUUUGGUCUGACCUAACAAAUUUUAAAAGUAAGUCCCAAAAGGAUCAAACUAUUUCCAAAUAAUUUAGGAAAGAGCUCAAGAAUAUUUAUAGGAAUACAAAAAUACCUGUACCCCAAAGGUGAAAUUCACAGUGUCUGACAUCCAGUCAAAGAAUAUGAGGCCCAAAAGGCAGCAAAAAAAAAAAAAAAGCAACCUGUAACAAGCAGACAAAAAUCAGUUGAAAGUGAUGCAGAACUGAUACAGAUGUUAAAAUUACCAAUUAAGGAACUUCAAGCAGUUACUCUAAGUGUAUUCCGUAUAUUCAUACACUAAAAAUGAGAUAUGGAGGAUAUAAAUAAAUCCAAAUCCAAUCUAGAGAUGAAAACUACAACGUCUGAGAUGAAAAGUACACUGAAUGGGGGGUGGGGGGUGGUGCCUGGGUGGCUCAUUUGGUUGAGCAUCUGACUCUUGGUUUCUGCCCAGGUCAUGAUGUUGCAGUUUGUGGGUUUGAGCCCCAUAUCAGGUUCUUCGAGGACCGUGUGGAGCCUGCUUGGGAUUUCUCUUUCCCUCUCUCUCUGCCCCUCCCUGAUUUGCCAUCUCUCCCUCUAUGUCAAAAAGAAAAUAAAUAAACAAACAUUAAAAAAUUACACUGAACAUGACAGUAUAGAAUAGACAGUGGAGAAGAAAAGACCUUGAAGAAAUAGCUAUGGAAACUGUCAAAAAAUGAAACCCAAUGAGAAAAGAAAAUAACAAUUAAAAAGAAUGAACUGAGCAUCAGUGAGCUGUGCAACAACUUCAGAUGGCCUCAUAUACGUGAAUUGAUAUUUGAAGAAAUGAAGACCAAAAUUUCCAGUUUUGAUGAAAAACAUAUACUUACUUACAGGUACGAGAAGCUUGAUAAUCCCUAGGUACACGAGGGGAGAAACCAAGAAACAUGAGGGGAGCCACACCAAGGCACAUCAUAUUCAAACUGAUUAAACACAGUGGUAAUAACAAAACUCUUGAAUGCAUUAAAGAAAAAAAGAUACAGAUCAUAUAAAGUAACAAAUGUAAAUACGAUAGAGAUUUCUUACUGGGAACAAGGCAAGCAAGAAGAUAGUGAAGUAAUAUCUUUAAAGUACUGAAAGAAAAAUAAAAACCUAUCCAUGUAGAAUAUACUACCCGGCAAAAAAAUGUAUAUAUAUACAUAGCUUUCAAAAACAAAGGUGAAAUAAAGACUUUCAAAUGCACAAAAGUGAAAGAUUUUUUCCACCAGUAGAACUUCACUACAGGAACCAUAAAAGCAGGUCCUUCAGGCAGAAGAAAAAUGGUAUCACAUGUAAAUCUGGAUCUAUACAGAGAAGUAUAUAUAUACUUUAGGAAUGGUGAGCACCAGGAAUGCUCAAGAUGCAAGCCCCCAGGCAGACACCAGGGCUGAGGAAAUUCCCGAGGGGGCCUCCACCUUGGCUUUUGUGUUUGAUGUGACUGGUUCCAUGUAUGAUGAUCUAGUUCAGGUUAUCGAAGGGGCUUCCAAAAUUUUGGAGACGUCUUUGAAAAGACCUAAGAGACCACUUUUCAACUUUGCUUUGGUGCCUUUCCAUGAUCCAGAAAUUGGCCCAGUGACAAUUACCACAGAUCCCAAGAAAUUUCAAUAUGAACUCAGAGAAUUGUAUGUUCAGGGUGGUGGUGAUUGUCCAGAAAUGAGUAUUGGAGCUAUAAAAAUUGCCUUGGAAAUUUCUCUUCCGGGGUCUUUCAUCUAUGUUUUCACUGAUGCACGGUCCAAGGAUUAUCGGCUCACUCAUGAGGUGCUACAGCUUAUCCAACAGAAACAGUCACAAGUUGUAUUUGUGCUCACUGGAGACUGUGAUGACAGGAGCCAUAUUGGAUAUAAAGUCUAUGAAGAAAUUGCCUCUACAAGUUCUGGUCAAGUGUUCCAUCUGGACAAAAAACAAGUUAAUGAGGUGUUAAAAUGGGUAGAGGAAGCAGUGCAGUCCUCUAAAGUUCACCUGUUAUCAACAGAUCAUUUGGAACAAGCUGUAAACACUUGGAAAAUUCCUUUUGAUCCCAGCCUAAAAGAGGUUACUGUGUCUCUGAGUGGCCCUUCUCCAGGGAUUGAAAUUCGCAAUCCUUUAGGGAAGCUGAUAAAAAAAGGAUUUGGCCUGAAUGAGCUAUUAAAUAUCCAUAACUCUGCCAAGGUGGUGAAUGUUAAAGAGCCAGAGGCUGGAAUGUGGACAGUGAAGACUUCUAGCAGUGGAAGGCACUCUGUUCGCAUCACCGGCCUUAGUACGAUUGAUUUCAGAGCUGGUUUUUCCCGAAAGCCCACCCUGGAUUUCAAAAAAACAGUCAGCAGACCAGUGCAAGGAAUUCCUACUUAUGUGCUGCUGAAUACUUCUGGAAUUUCCAUCCCAGCCAAAGUAGAUCGUCUUGAACUUCUGAGUAUCUCAGGCAGUUCUCUGAAGACUAUCCCUGUUAAAUAUUACCCUGACCGAAAACCUUAUGGCUUGUGGAAUAUUUCUGACUUUAUACCACCAAAUGAAGCCUUCUUUCUCAGAGUCACAGGCUAUGAUAAGGAUGAUUAUCUCUUCCAGAGGGUUUCAAGUGUUUCCUUCUCUAGUAUCAUCCCAGAUGCUCCCAAAGUUACAAUGCCCAUGAAAACCCCGGGAUACUACUUGCAGCCAGGCCACAUUUCCUGCUCUGUUGAGAGUCUUUUACCCUUUACCUUGAGCUUUGUCAGAAAUGGAGUUACACUUGGAGUAGACCAGUAUUUAAGGGAAUCUGCCAGUGUGAACUGGGAGAUUGAAAAGGUCACUUUGUCUGAUGAAGGUGCCUAUGAGUGCAUCGCUGUCAGCAGUGCGGGGACUGGACGGGCACAGACAUUUUUUGAUGUGUCAGAGCCCCCUCCAGUCAUCCAAGUGCCUGAUAAUGUCACAGUCACUCCUGGAGAAAGAGCAGUUUUGACAUGUCUCGUCAUCAGCGCGGUGGAUUACAAUGUAACCUGGCAGAGGAAUGACAGAGAUGUCAGACUGGCAGACCCAGCAAGGAUGAGGAUCCUGGCCAACCUCUCAUUGGAGCUAAGGAGUGUGAAGUUCAGUGAUGCUGGGGAGUAUCAUUGUGUAGUCUCCAAUGAAGGAGGAUCAUCAGCUGCUUCGGUUUUCCUCACGGUGCAAGAACCACCCAAAGUCACUGUGAUGCCCAAGAAUCAAUCAUUCACAGGAGGAUCUGAGGUCUCCAUCAUGUGUUCUGCAACAGGUUUUCCCAAACCAAAGAUCACCUGGACCAUUAAUGAUAUGUUUAUCAUGGGUUCACACAGGUAUAGGAUGACCUCAGAAGGUACCUUAUUUAUCAAAAAUGCAGUUCCCAAAGAUGCAGGGAUUUAUGGUUGCCUGGCAAGUAAUGCAGCUGGAACAGACAAACAGACUUCUACCCUUAGAUAUAUUGAAGCCCCGAAGUUGAUCGUAGUUCAGAGCGAGCUCUUGGUUGCUCUUGGGGAUACAACAGUUAUGGAAUGUAAAACUUCUGGUAUUCCUCCACCUCGAGUUAAGUGGUUCAAAGGGGAUCUUGAGCUGAGGCCCUCAACAUUCCUCAUUAUUGACCCUCUCUUGGGACUUUUGAAGAUUCAAGAAACUCAAGACCUGGAUGCUGGUGAUUAUAUGUGUGUAGCUGUCAAUGAUGCUGGAAGAGCAGCUGGCAAGAUAACUCUGGAUGUUGGCUCACCUCCAGUUUUCAUACAAGAACCUGCUGAUGUGUCUAUGGAAAUUGGCUCAAAUGUGACACUACCUUGCUAUGUCCAGGGUUAUCCAGAACCAAAGAUUAAAUGGCGUAGGUCAGACAACAUGCCAAUCUUCUCAAGACCCUUUUCAGUGAGUUCCAUCAGCCAACUAAGAACAGGAGCUCUCUUUAUUUCAAACUUAUGGGCAAAUGAUAAAGGAACCUAUAUUUGUGAGGCAGAAAACCAGUUUGGAAAGAUCCAGUCCCAGACAACAGUAACAGUGACAGGACUUGUUGCUCCACUCAUUGGAAUCAGCCCUUCGGUGACCAGCGUCAUUGAAGGACAGCAGCUUACUUUGCCUUGUGCUCUGUUGGCUGGAAAUCCCAUUCCAGAACGUCGGUGGAUUAAGAAUUCAGCCAUGUUGGUCCAAAAUCCUUACAUCACUGUGCGCAGUGACGGGAGUCUCCACAUUGAGAGAGUUCGCCUUCAGGAUGGAGGCAGAUAUACUUGUGUGGCCAGUAAUGUUGCUGGAACUAUUAAUAAAACUACCACCGUGGAUGUGCAUGUUCUGCCAACCAUUCAGCAUGGGCGGCAGGUACUCAGCACAAUUGAAGGCAUUCCAGUAACUUUGCCGUGCAAAGCAAGUGGAAAUCCCAAGCCAUCUAUCAUUUGGUCCAAGAAAGGAGAGUUGAUUUCCACCAGCAGCGCUAAGUUUUCCGCAGGGGCUGAUGGAAGUUUGUAUGUGGUGUCCCCCGGGGGUGAAGAGAGCGGGGAGUAUAUCUGCACCGCUACCAAUGCAGCUGGCUAUGCCAAGAGGAAAGUGCAGCUGACCGUCUAUGUAAGGCCCAGAGUGAUUGGAGACCAACGAGGACUGUCCCAGGAUGAGCCUGCUGAGAUUUCCGCCCUCGCAGGAGAAGACGUGACACUUCCAUGUGAAGUGAAGAGCUUACCCCCACCCAUCAUCACCUGGGCCAAAGAGACGCAGCUCAUCUCCCCAUUCUCUCCAAGGCACACAUUCCUUCCUUCUGGUUCAAUGAAGAUCAUUGAGACCCGUGUUUCAGAUAGUGGGAUGUAUCUUUGCGUUGCCACAAAUAUUGCUGGGAACGUGACUCAGUCUGUUAAAUUAAAUGUCCAUGUUCCUCCAAAGAUACAGCGUGGCCCUAAACUAAUCAAAGUCCAAGUUGGUCAAAGAGUGGACAUUCCGUGCAAUGCUCAAGGGACACCUCUUCCUGUAAUCACCUGGUUUAAAGGUGGAAGUGCCAUGCUGGUUGAUGGAGGGCAGCAUAUUAGCAGUUCAGAUGGAACUUUAAGCAUCAACCAAGCCAUGCUCUCUGACGCCGGCAUAUAUACAUGUGUUGCUACUAACAUAGCAGGCAGUGAUGAAUCGGAAAUAACCCUACAUGUCCAAGAACCACCUACACUGGAAGAUCUAGAACCUCCAUAUAACACUCCAUUCCAAGAAAGAGUGGCCAACCAACGCAUUGCAUUUCCAUGUCCUGCAAAAGGUACCCCCAAACCAACCAUCAAAUGGAUAUGGAAUGGUAGAGAGCUGACAGGCAGAGAGCCUGGGAUUUCUAUCUUGGAAGAUGGUGCAUUGUUGGUCAUUGCUUCUGUUACACCCUUUGACAGUGGGGAGUACAUCUGUGUGGCAGUCAAUGAAGCUGGAACCACAGAAAAAAAAUAUAACCUCAAAGUCCAUGUUCCUCCAGUAAUUAAAGAUAAAGAACAAGUAACAAAUGUAUCUGUGUUGGUCAAUCACCUGGCCAAUCUCUUUUGUGAAGUUGAAGGUACUCCUUCUCCUGUCAUUAUGUGGUACAAAGAUGACGUCCAGGUGACUGAAAGCAGCAGUAUUCAGAUCACGAACAAUGGAAAGAUAUUAAAGCUCUUUAGAGCCACUCCAGAGGAUGCAGGAAGAUAUUCCUGCAAAGCAGUUAAUAUUGCAGGCACUUCUCAGAAGUAUUUUAACAUCGAUGUGCUAGUUCCUCCCACCAUAAUAGGUGCCAGCUCCCCAAAUGAAGUCUCUGUUGUCCUCAACCAUGACACCACUCUCGAAUGCCAAGUCAAAGGCACUCCCUUCCCUGUUAUUCACUGGUUCAAAGAUGGCAAGCCUUUAUUUUUGGGAGAUCCUAAUAUUGAACUUCUAGACAGAGGACAAGUUUUACAUUUAAAGAAUGCACGAAGAGGUGACAAGGGUCGCUACCAGUGUGCUGUAUCUAAUGCAGCUGGCAAACAAGCCAAGGACAUAAAACUCACGGUCUAUAUACCACCUAGUAUUAAAGGAGGGAAUGUCACCACAGAAAUAUCAGCACUGAUCAACAGCAUAAUUAAACUGGAAUGUGAAACUCGGGGACUUCCAAUGCCUGCUAUUACUUGGUAUAAGGACGGCCAGCCAGUCAUAUCCAGCUCACAAGCCCUUUAUAUUGAUAAAGGACGAUUUCUUCAUAUCCCUCGAGCACAGGUUUCUGAUUCAGCAACAUACACAUGUCAUGUCACCAAUGUUGCUGGAACUGCUGAAAAAUCAUUCCACGUGGAUGUGUAUGUUCCUCCAAUGAUUGAAGGUGACUUGGCUGUGCCUCUGAGUAAGCAAGUGAUUAUUGCUCAUUCACUGACACUAGAGUGUAAAGCUACUGGCAACCCUCCUCCAGCUCUCACCUGGUUAAAAGAUGGCGUACCUGUGAAAACCAGUGACAACGUCCGUACAGAAGCUGGUGGGAAGAAACUAGAAAUCUUGAGUACCCUAGAAGCCGACCGGGGACAGUAUGUAUGUGUGGCUACCAGUGUGGCAGGAGAAAAGGAAAUCAAAUACGAAGUUGAUGUCUUAGUGCCACCAGCUAUAGACGGAGGAGAUGAGACAUCUUACUUCAUUGUGAUGGUUAAUAACUUACUGGAGCUAGAUUGUCAAGUGACAGGCUCUCCCACACCAACUAUCAUGUGGCUAAAGGAUGGCCAGCUAAUUGAUGAAAGGGAUGGAUUCAGGAUUUUGCUAAAUGGACGCAAAUUGGUUAUUGCCCAGGCUCAGGUGUCAGAUACAGGCCUUUAUCGCUGCGUGGCAACAAACAUUGCUGGCGACCACAAGAAGGAAUUUGAAGUUACUGUUCAUGUACCUCCAACAAUCAAAUCCCCAGAUCUUUCUGAGAGAGCUAUAGUGAAAUACAAGCCUAUCACUUUGCAGUGCAUUGCCAGUGGCAUUCCAAAUCCAUCUAUUACGUGGUUAAAAGAUGGCCAACCUGUGAACACUGCCCAGGGAAAUCUCAAAAUACAGUCUUCCGGUCGAGUUUUACAAAUUGCCAGAGCCCUGAUGGAAGAUGCUGGCAGAUACACAUGUGUGGCCACCAAUGCGGCUGGAGAAGCACAACAGCACCUUCAGCUACAUGUGCAUGAACCACCUAGCCUGGAGGAUGCAGGGAAGAUGCUGAAUGAGACGGUGGUGCUGAACAACCCCAUUCAGUUGGAGUGUAAGGCAGCUGGCAACCCCUUGCCCGCUAUUACAUGGUAUAAAGAUAAUCGUCCACUCUCGGGGUCCACCAGUGUGACUUUCUUGAACAGAGGACAGAUCAUUGAUAUUGAAAGUGCCCAGAUUGCUGAUGCUGGUAUAUAUAAAUGUGUGGCCAUCAACUCAGCUGGAGCUACAGAGUUAUUUUACAGUCUACAGGUCCAUGUGCCCCCAUCGAUUUCUGGCAGCAGUAACAUGGUGGCAGUGGUGGUUAAUAACCUGGUGAGGUUAGAAUGUGAAGCCAGAGGUAUCCCUGCCCCAAGUCUGACCUGGUUGAAAGAUGGUAGCCCUGUCUCUAGUUUCACUAAUGGGAUACAGGUUCUGUCUGGAGGCCGCAUCCUGGCACUGACCAGCGCACAAAUCAGUGAUACCGGGAGAUAUACCUGCGUGGCAGUGAAUGCUGCUGGGGAGAAACACAGGGACAUUGACCUUAGAGUAUAUGUUCCACCAAAUAUUAUGGGAGAAGAACAGAACAUCUCUGUCCUCAUUAGUCAAGCCCUGGAGCUGCUAUGUCAAAGUGAUGCUAUCCCCCCACCUACUUUGACUUGGUUAAAGGAUGGCCGCCCCUUGCUGAAGAAACCAGGCCUCAGUAUCUCUGAAAAUGGAAGUGUGUUAAAGAUUGAAGAUGCUCAAGUUCAAGACACUGGUCGUUACACUUGUGAGGCAACAAAUGUUGCUGGAAAAACUGAGAAAAACUAUAAUGUAAACAUUUGGGUACCACCAAAUAUUUAUGGUUCUGAUGAACUUGCUCAGCUUACAGUCAUUGAAGGGCAUCUCAUUAGUUUACUGUGUGAAUCAAGUGGUAUUCCACCCCCAAAUCUCAUUUGGAAGAAAAAAGGCUCCCCAGUGCUGGCUGAUUCUGCAGGGCGAGUCAGAACUUUAUCCGGAGGCAGACAGUUACAGAUCUCAAUUGCUGAAAAAUCUGAUGCAGGGCUAUAUUCAUGUGUGGCAUCGAAUGUUGCUGGAACUGCAAAGAAAGACUACAGUCUGCAAGUUUACAUUCGACCAACAAUAUCUAAUAGUGGCAGCCACCCUACUGAAAUUAUUGUGACUCGAGGGAAGAGUAUUUCCUUGGAGUGUGAGGUGCAGGGUAUUCCUCAACCAAAAGUGACCUGGAUGAAAGAUGGCCGCCCCUUGACCAAGGGAAGGGGAAUGGAAAUAUUGGAUGAAGGUCGUAUCCUUCAGCUGAAGAACAUUCAUAUAUCUGAUACAGGCCGUUAUAUGUGUGUUGCUGUGAAUGUAGCAGGAAUGGCUGACAGAAAAUACGACCUAAGUGUACAUACCCCUCCAAGCAUCAUAGGAAACCAUGGGAAACCUGAAAAUAUCAGUGUCGUGGAAAAGAACUCAGUGUCCCUGACUUGUGAAGCUUCCGGAAUUCCCCUGCCUUCGAUUACCUGGCUUAAAGAUGGGUGGCCUGUCAGCCUUAGCAGUUCUGUGAGAAUUCUCUCAGGAGGCAGGACUCUGCGGUUGAUGCAGACCAGAAUAGAAGAUGCGGGACAGUAUACUUGUGUUGUAAGAAAUGCAGCUGGUGAAGAAAGAAGAAUCUUUGGGCUUUCAGUAUUAGUGCCACCUCGCAUUGUGGGCGAAAAUACAUUGGAAGACAUGAAGGUCAAAGAGAAACAGAGUGUUACACUGACUUGUGAAGUGACAGGGAACCCAGUGCCAGAAAUUACAUGGCACAAAGAUGGACAGCUCCUCCAGGAAGAUGACACCCAUCACAUUAUGUCUGGUGGCCGCUUUCUUAAAAUUACUAAGGCUCAAGUAUCACACACUGGAAGAUAUGCAUGUUUGGCUUCUAACACGGCUGGCGACAAGAGCAAAAGUUUCAGUCUUAAUGUGUUGGUAUCCCCUACAAUUGCUGGUAUUGACAGUGAUGGUGGCCCUGAAGAUGUCACCGUUAUCCUUAACAGCCCCACAUCUUUGGUCUGUGAAGCUUAUUCAUAUCCUCCAGCCACCAUCACCUGGUUUAAGAAUGGAACACCUUUAGAAUCCAACCGAAAUAUUCGUAUUCUUCCAGGAGGUAGGACUCUGCAGAUCCUAAAUGCACAGGAGGACAAUGCUGGAAGAUACUCUUGUAUAGCCACUAAUGAAGCAGGAGAAAUGAUAAAGCACUAUGAAGUGAAGGUCUACAUUCCACCCAUCAUCAAUAAAGGGGACCUACUGGGGCCAGGUCUUUCCCCUAAAGAAGUGAAGAUCAAAGUAAACAAUACGCUGACUUUGGAAUGUGAAGCUUACGCGAUUCCAUCUGCCUCUCUCAGCUGGUACAAGGAUGGACAGCCUCUUAAAUCAGAUGAUCAUGUUACUAUUGCUGCAAAUGGACACACACUUCAAAUAAAGGAGGCUCAAAUAUCAGAUACUGGACGCUAUACUUGUGUAGCAUCUAACAUUGCAGGUGAAGAUGAACUGGAUUUUGAUGUGAAUAUACAAGUUCCUCCAAGUUUUCAGAAACUCUGGGAAAUAGGAAACAUGCUGGAUGCUGGCAGGAGUGGUGAAGCCAAGGAUGUGAUCAUCAACAAUCCCAUUUCCCUUUACUGUGAAACUAAUGCUGCUCCUCCCCCAACACUGACAUGGUACAAAGAUGGCCGCCCUCUGACCUCCAACGAUAGAGUGUUGAUUCUACCAGGUGGGCGAGUGUUGCAGAUUCCUCGAGCUAAAGUAGAAGAUGCAGGGAGAUAUACAUGUGUGGCUGUGAAUGAGGCCGGAGAAGAUUCCCUUCAGUAUGACGUUCGUGUACUCUUGCCACCGAUUAUUAAGGGAGCAAGUAGUGACCUUCCGGAAGAGGUCACCGUGCUGGUGAAUAAGAAGACAUUGAUGGAGUGUUUAUCCAAUGGCAGCCCCACACCAAAGAAUUCCUGGCAAAAAGAUGGACAGCCCUUGCUAGAAAAUGGGCAUCAUAAAUUUUUAUCUAAUGGAAGAAUUCUUCAGAUUCUGAACACUCAAAUAACAGAUAUCGGCAGGUAUGUGUGUAUUGCUGAGAACAGAGCUGGGAGUGCCAAACAAUAUUUUAACCUCAAUGUUCACGUUCCUCCAAGUGUCAUCGGUCCUAACCCUGAAAAUCUCACUGUUGUGGUGAACAAUUUCAUCUCUUUGACCUGUGAGGUCUCUGGUUUUCCACCUCCUGAUCUCAGCUGGCUCAAGAAUGAACAGCCUAUCAAGCUAAAUACAGAUGCUCUCAUUGUGCCCGGUGGUCGAACUCUGCAAAUUAUUCGGGCCAAGGUAUCUGAUGGUGGUGAAUACACUUGUAUUGCUAUCAACCAAGCUGGUGAAAGCAAGAAAAAAGUUUCCCUGACUGUCUAUGUGCCCCCAAGCAUUAAAGAUCAUGGCAGUGAAUCUCUUUCUGUAGUUAACGUAAGAGAGGGGACCUCAGUGUCACUGGAGUGUGAGUCGAACGCCGUGCCCCCUCCAGUCAUCACCUGGUAUAAGAAUGGGCAGAUGAUAACAGAAUCCAAUCGCUUGGAGAUUUUAGCAGAUGGACAAAUGCUGCAGAUCAAGGAAGCUGAGGUAUCUGACACAGGCCAGUAUGUAUGUAGAGCUAUAAAUGUAGCAGGACGGGAUGAUAAAAAUUUCCACCUCAAUGUAUAUGUGCCACCCAGUAUCGAAGGUCCUGAAAAUGAAGUGGUUGUUGAGACGAUCAGCAAUCCUGUGACCUUAACAUGUGAUGCCACUGGAAUCCCGCCUCCCACGAUAGCCUGGUUGAAGAACCACAAGCCCAUCGAAAAUUCUGACUCACUUGAAGUACAUAUUUUGUCCGGAGGUAGCAAACUCCAAAUCGCCCGGUCUCAACAUUCAGAUAGUGGAAACUAUACAUGCAUUGCAUCAAAUAUGGAGGGAAAAGCACAGAAAAAUUACAUUCUUUCAAUUCAAGUUCCUCCAAGUAUUGCUGGUGCUGAAAUUGCAAGUGAAGUCAGUGUUCUUCUAGGGGAAAAUGUUGAGCUGACCUGCAUGGCAAGUGGCAUUCCCACCCCACUUAUUCAAUGGCUUAGAGAUGGAAAGCCCAUAAAUAGCAGUGAAACAGAAAGAAUCCGGGUGACUGCAGAUGGCAGCACAUUAAACAUUUACGGAGCUCUCCCAUCCAAUGUGGGGAAAUACACAUGCGUCGCUACUAAUCCUGCUGGAGAAGAAGACCGAAUUUUUAACUUGAAUGUCUACGUUCCACCCGCAAUUAGGGGUAAUAAAGAAGAAGCAGAGAAACUAAUGGCUUUGGUGGAUACUUCAAUAAAUAUUGAAUGUAGAGCCACAGGGACACCUCUACCACAGAUCAACUGGCUAAAGAAUGGACUUCCUCUGCCUCUCUCCUCCCAUAUCCGGUUGCUCUCAGGAGGGCAGGUUAUCAGGAUUGUGAGAGCUCAGGUGUCUGAUGUUGCUGAGUACACUUGUGUGGCCUCCAACAGAGCUGGGGUGGAUAAUAAACAUUAUAGUCUUCAAGUUUUUGUGCCACCAAAUCUGGACAAUGCGAUGGGAACAGAGGAGAUCACAGUUGUCAAGGGUAGUUCUGCCUCCAUGACGUGCUUUACAGAUGGAACUCCAACUCCCAGGAUGUCUUGGCUUAGAGAUGGCCAGCCUCUGGGUCUUAAUACCCGUCUGACAGUAAGCACUCAAGGAAUGGUUCUUCAGCUUAUCAAAGCAGAGACUGAAGAUUCAGGAAGGUACAUCUGCAUUGCCUCAAAUGAAGCUGGAGAAGUCAGCAAACACUUUAACCUGAAGGUCCUGGAACCACCUCAUAUCAAUGGAUCUGAAGAACCUGUAGAGAUAUCAGUGAUUGUUAAUAAUCCACUUGAACUUAACUGCUUUGCUUCUGGAAUUCCAACUCCUAAAAUUACCUGGAUGAAGGAUGGAAGGCCCCUCCCACAGACAGAACAGAUACAAACUCUUGGAGGUGGAGAGGUCCUUCAAAUAUCUAGUGCCCAGGUGGAAGAUACAGGAAGGUACACAUGUCUGGCAUCCAGUACUGCAGGAGAUGAUGAUAAAGAAUAUUUAGUGAGAGUGCAUGUACCCCCUAAUAUUGCUGGAACUGGUGAGUCCCAGGAUUUCACUGUGUUACGGAACAGACAAGUGACAUUGGAAUGCAAAUCAGAUGCAGUGCCCCCACCUAUAAUCACUUGGCUUAAAAAUGGAGAUCGGUUACAGGCCAGCCCUCGGGUACGAAUCCUCUCUGGAGGGAGAUACUUGCAAAUUAAUAAUGCAGAUCUAAGUGAUACAGCCAAUUAUACUUGUGUGGCCAGCAACGUUGCAGGAAAGACUACAAGAGAAUUUAUUCUCACUGUAAAUGUUCCUCCAAACAUAAAGAGCGGCCCCCAGAGUCUUGUCGUUCACGUAAAUAGGUCGACUGUAUUGGAGUGUCUUGCUGGAGGUGUGCCGACCCCGAGGGUAACAUGGAGAAAGGAUGGAGCUGUUCUAUCUGCAGGUCACGCAAGAUACUCCAUCUUGGAAAAUGGAUUCCUUCAUAUCCAGUCAGCACAUGUCACAGACACUGGACGGUAUUUGUGUAUGGCUACCAAUGCUGCUGGAACAGACCGCAGGCGAAUAGAUUUACAGGUCCAUGUUCCUCCAUCCAUUGCUCUGGGUCCUACCAACAUAACUGUAACAGUAAAUGUUCAAACUACUCUGGCUUGUGAGGCUACUGGGAUACCAAAACCAUCAAUCGGGUGGAAGAAAAAUGGGCAUCUUCUUAAUGUAGAUCAAAAUCAGAAUUCAUACAGGCUCCUUUCUUCAGGUUCACUAGUAAUUAUUUCCCCUUCUGUGGAUGACACUGCAACCUAUGAGUGCACCGUGACAAAUGAUGCCGGAGAGGAUAAAAGAACUGUGGAUCUCACUGUCCAAGUUCCACCUUCCAUAGCUGAUGAGCCUACAGACUUCCUGGUAACCAAACACGCCCCAGCGGUGAUUACUUGCACUGCUUCGGGAGUUCCAUUUCCCUCAAUCCACUGGACAAAAAAUGGGAUAAGACUACUUCCCAGGGGAGACGGUUAUAGAAUUCUGUCAUCAGGAGCAAUUGAAAUGUCUGCCACUCAGUUCACCCAUGCUGGAAGAUACACUUGUGUUGCCAGGAAUGCAGCUGGUUCUGCACAUCGACAUGUGACCCUUCAUGUCCAGGAGCCUCCAGUCAUUCAGCCUCAGCCAAGUGAACUAGACGUCAUUGUAAACAAUCCAAUUUUAUUACCGUGUGAGGCAACAGGGACACCCAGUCCUUUCAUUACUUGGCAAAAAGAAGGCAUCAAUGUCAUCGCUUCAGGCAAAAGUCAUGCAGUUCUUCCUAGUGGCGGCUUGCAGAUCUCCAGAGCCGUCAGAGAAGAUGCUGGCACUUACCUGUGUGUGGCUCAGAAUCCAGCUGGUACAGCCUUAGGCAAAAUCAAAUUAAAUGUUCAAGUUCCUCCAGUCAUUAGCCCCCAUCCAAAGGAAUAUACCACUGCUGUGGAUAAACCCAUCUCCCUACCAUGUGAGGCAGAUGGCCUCCCACCACCUGAUAUUACCUGGCAUAAAGAUGGGCAUGCAGUUAUGGAAUCAGUCCGCCAACGCAUCCUCAGCUCUGGGGCCCUGCAGAUAGCAUUUGCCCAGCCUGAUGAUGCUGGCCAGUACACGUGCAUGGCAGCUAACGUGGCAGGAUCAAGCAGCACGAGCGCCAAGCUCACUGUCCAUGUACCACCUAGAAUCCGAAGCACAGAAAUACACUAUAUGGUCAAUGAGAAUUCACAAGCCAUUCUUCCAUGCGUGGCUGAUGGAAUCCCCACACCAGCAAUCAACUGGAAAAAAGACGAUGUUCUUUUAACUAACUUAUUAGGAAAGUAUACUCUUGAGCCCUAUGGAGAACUUAUUCUGGAAAAUGUUGUGCCGGAGGAUUCUGGCACCUAUACCUGUGUUGCUAACAAUGCUGCAGGUGAAGAUACGCACAUGGUCAGUGUGACGGUGCACGUUCUCCCCACUUUUACUGAACUUCCUGGAGAUGUGUCUUUAAAUAAAGGAGAACAGCUACGAUUAAGCUGUAAAGCCACUGGGAUUCCAUUGCCCAAGUUAACAUGGACCUUCAAUAACAAUAUUAUCCCAGCCCACUUUGACAGUGUUAAUGGACACAGUGAACUUGUUAUUGAAAGAGUGUCAAAAGAGGAUUCGGGUACUUACGUGUGCACCGCAGAGAACAGUGUUGGUUUUGUGAAGGCAAUAGGAUUUGUUUAUGUGAAAGAACCUCCAGUCUUCAAAGGUGAUUACCCUUCUAAUUGGAUUGAGCCGCUUGGUGGUAAUGCAGUCUUGAAUUGUGAAGUGAAAGGAGACCCUGCCCCUACCAUCCAAUGGAGCAGAAGAGGAGUGGAUAUUGAAAUUAACCACAGAAUCCGUCAACUUCUCAAUGGCUCCUUGGCCAUUUAUGGCACUGUAAAUGAAGAUGCCGGUGAUUAUACGUGCGUAGCUACCAAUGAUGCUGGGGCAGUGGAGCGCAGCAUGAGCCUGACCCUGCAGAGUCCUCCUAUUAUUACUCUUGAACCAGUAGAAACUGUUAUUCAUGCUGGUGGCAAAGUCAUAUUGAAUUGUCAGGCAACUGGAGAGCCUCAUCCAACCAUUACAUGGUCUCGUCAAGGGCACUCUAUUCCCUGGGAUGACCGAGUUAACAUGUUGUCUAACAACUCCUUACAUAUUGCUGCUGCUCAAAAAGAAGAUACAUCUGAAUAUGAAUGUGUUGCUCGAAACUUGAUGGGUUCUGUCCUUGUCAGGGUGCCAGUCACAGUCCAGGUUCACGGUGGGUAUUCCCAGUGGUCUACAUGGAGAUCCUGCAGUGUCACCUGUGGCAAAGGCAUCCAGAAGAGGAGUCGUCUAUGCAACAACCCCUUUCCGGCCAAUGGUGGGAAGCCUUGCCAAGGGUCAGAUUCAGAAAUGCGAAACUGUCAACGUAAGCUGUGUCCAGUGGAUGGUAGCUGGUCAGAAUGGAGCCCUUGGGAAGAAUGCACACAGAGUUGUGGACGUGGCAACAGAACCAGGACCAGAACUUGCAGUAACCCAUCAGCUCAAUAUGGUGGGCGGCCAUGUGAAGGGAAUGCAGUAGAAAUAAUCAUGUGCAACAUUAGGCCCUGCCCAGUUCAUGGAGCAUGGGGCACUUGGCAGCCUUGGAGUGCAUGCAGCGAGAGUUGCGGUAAAGGUGCCCAGAUAAGAACAAGACUGUGUAAUAACCCACCACCAUCAUUUGAUGGGUCCUACUGUGAUGGAGCAGAAACACAGAUGCAGAUUUGCAAUGAAAGACCCUGUCCAGUGGAUGGCAAGUGGACCACUUGGGCCAGUUGGAGUGCCUGUACUGUGUCCUGUGGAGGAGGUGCCAGACAGAGAACAAGGGAGUGCUCUGAUCCUGUCCCACAGCAUGGAGGGAGCAGAUGUGAAGGGAGUGAUGUCCAGAGCGAUUUUUGCAAUAAUGACCCUUGUCCAACUCAUGGUAACUGGAGUCCUUGGAGUGGCUGGGGAAUAUGCAGCCGGACAUGCAACGGAGGACAGAUGCGGCGAUACCGCACAUGUGAUAACCCUCCUCCCUCCAACGGAGGAAGAGCUUGUGGGGGGCCAGACUCCCAGAUCCAGAGAUGCAACACUGACAUGUGUCCUGUGGAUGGAAGUUGGGGAAGCUGGCACAGUUGGGGCCAGUGCUCUGCCUCUUGUGGAGGAGGUGAAAAGACUCGAAAGCGGCUGUGCAACAAUCCAGUGCCGUCUAAAAGUGGUCGCCCCUGUCCAGGAGACACUACACAGGUAUCCAGAUGCAAUAUGCAAACAUGUCCAGGUGGGCCCCAGCGAGCCAGAGGAAGUGUUAUUGGAAAUAUUAAUGAUGUUGAAUUUGGAAUUGCUUUCCUUAACGCCACAGUAACAGAUAAUCCUACCUCUGAUACUAGAGUAAUACGUGCCAAAAUUACCAAUGUACCUCGCAGUCUUGGUCCAGCAAUGAGAAAAAUAGUUUCUAUUCUAAAUCCCAUUUAUUGGACAACAGCCAAGGAGAUAGGAGAAGCAGUCAAUGGCUUCACCCUCACCAAUGCAGUCUUCAAGAGAGAAACCCAGGUGGAAUUUGCAACUGGAGAAAUCUUGCGGAUGACUCAUAUUGCCCGGGGUUUGGAUUCUGAUGGUGCUUUGCUCCUAGAUAUUUUUGUGAGCGGUUAUGUCCUGCAGCUUCAGUCACCUGCUGAAGUCACUGUAAAGGAUUACACAGAGGACUACAUUCAGACAGGUCCUGGGCAGCUGUAUGCCUACUCAACCCGGCUGUUCACCAUUGAUGGCAUCAGCGUCCCAUACACAUGGAACCACACUGUUUUCUAUGAUGAGGCACAGGGAAGAAUGCCUUUCUUGGUAGAAACACUUCAUGCUUCCUCUGUAGAAUCUGACUACAACCAAUUAGAAGAGACACUGGGUUUUAAAAUCCAUGCUUCAAUUUCCAAAGGAGAUCGCAGUAAUCAGUGCCCAUCUGGGUUUGCCUUAGACUCAGUUGGACCCUUUUGUGCUGAUGAAGAUGAAUGUGCGGCCGGGAAUCCCUGCUCCCAUAUCUGCCACAACACCGUGGGAACCUAUCAUUGCUCCUGCUCAAAAGGCCUCACCAUAGCUGCCGACGGAAGGACUUGUCAAGAUAUCGAUGAGUGUGCUUUAGGUGGACAUGCCUGCCAUGCUGGUCAGGACUGUGACAAUACCAUUGGAUCCUAUCGCUGUGUGGUCCGUUGUGGAAUUGGCUUUCGAAGAACUUCUGAUGGGCUGAGUUGCCAAGAUAUUAAUGAAUGUCAAGAAUCCAGCCCCUGUCACCACCGCUGUUUCAAUGCCAUUGGAAGUUUUCACUGUGGAUGUGAACCUGGGUAUCAGCUCAAAGGCAGAAAAUGUAUAGAUGUGAAUGAAUGCAGACAAAAUGUAUGCAGACCAGAUCAACACUGCAAGAACACCCGUGGGGGCUAUAAGUGCAUUGAUCUUUGUCCAAACGGAAUGACCAAGGCAGAAAAUGGAACCUGCAUUGAUAUUGAUGAAUGUAAAGAUGGGACCCAUCAGUGCAGAUAUAACCAGAUAUGUGAGAAUACAAGAGGCAGCUAUCGCUGUGUGUGUCCCAGAGGUUUCCGGUCUCAAGGAGUUGGGAGACCCUGUAUGGACAUUAAUGAAUGUGAACAAGUGCCUAAGCCUUGUGCAUAUCAGUGCUCCAACACCCCCGGCAGCUUCAAGUGUAUCUGUCCAACAGGUCAACAUUUAUUAGGGGACGGGAAAUCUUGCGCCGGAUUGGAGAGGCUGCCUAACUAUGGCACCCAAUACAAUAGCUAUAACCUUGCACGGUUCUCCCCUGUGAGAAACAACUAUCAACCUCAACAGCAUUACAGACAGUACUCACAUCUCUACAGCUCCUACUCGGAGUAUAGAAACAGCAGAACAUCUCUCUCCAGGACUAGAAGGACUAUUAGGAAAACUUGUCCUGAAGGCUCUGAGGCGAGCCGUGACACAUGUGUAGAUAUUGAUGAAUGUGAAAACCGAGACACUUGCCAGCACGAAUGUAAAAAUACCUUUGGAAGCUAUCAGUGUAUCUGUCCACCUGGCUAUCAGCUUACGCUCAAUGGAAAGACCUGUCAAGAUGUUGAUGAGUGUCUGGAGCAGAGUGUGCGCUGUGGGCCAAAUCGCAUGUGCUUCAACAUGAGAGGAAGCUACCAGUGCAUCGAUACCCCCUGUCCACCCAACUACCAACGGGAUCCUGUUUCAGGGUUCUGCCUCAAGAACUGUCCACCCAAUGAUUUGGAAUGUGCCUUGAGCCCAUAUGCCUUGGAAUACAAACUUGUCUCACUCCCAUUUGGAAUAGCUGCCAAUCAAGAUUUAAUCCGGCUGGUUGCAUACACGCAGGAUGGAGUGAUGCAUCCCAGGACAACUUUCCUCAUGGUAGAUGUGGAACAGACUGUUCCUUUUGCCUUAAGGGACGAAAACCUGAAAGGAGUGGUGUAUACAACACGACCUUUGCGAGAACCAGAGACCUACCGCAUGAGGGUUCGAGCCUCAUCCUACAGUGCCAAUGGGACCAUUGAAUAUCAGACCACAUUCAUAGUAUAUAUAGCUGUGUCUGCCUAUCCAUACUAAGAAGUCCUUCAGAGCCUAAUCCAAUAUUUAAACUGCAUUAAUCAUGGGUAUCAAGUCCCCUUCCAGAUUACCAUCUCCUGAACAGUUGCAAUCUUGGCAACUUGAAAAUGGUGCUAUGCUCUGUUUUGUGUGCCUUCCUUGGUGUCACUGAGGUAUUUUCAUGAACCCACCAUGGUCAUUUCUUUUGGUAAAGUCUAGAAAAGUCCCUUAUUAUUUUCUUUAUUUAUUACACUGGAACAGUUACUUUCCAAAGAUUAUUCUGAACAUCUUAGAAGGACAUAUCAGUGAUGUUUUAUUGUAGUAUAAGAGCUAAGAUAGUUUUCCUUAAAAAAAAAAAAAUGAAAACAAAAAUAACUCAUUCAAAGCCAAUGGAUUUUUGAGCAUUUUAGAAUAAUAAAACUGGCUGCUAUGUGUUUGAUCAAAGCUUAUUAAGUAACUUAUGAAGAUGCUUUUUUUAAGUAUUCAUACUUUAUAAUGGGAUUUAUACACCUAUUUACACUUUAAGGGAAAAAGAAACACCACUCAUUUGAGAAAUAUAGUACAGCUUCUAGAAUGUUUUUUUGAUACCAAAUGGUGUUCACGUAGAUUGAACAUCCAAAAGAAGGAUAUUAUUUUCAGUGGUUUUGUGAAAUGAGAUGGACCACUUAUGAUAAUAGAAAAAAUAUUAUUUGGUCCUCAGAUGAUUGUUGAUGGCAUGGAUCUUUGCCCUAGCCUUUUGAUAUAACCUUCCUUUCAGUUAGCUCUAUAACUUUUACAUUCCAGUAUUUUAUUUUCCUGUCAAUUGGAAACAAUUUUUACAAAUACCAAUGGGACAGUUUCCUCUGUUUUUCUUGAAAAUCUUGUAUGUUCAAAUUAGCAUAAAUGUUGAACGUCAAUACACUGUACAUGGUGGUAACAGACUCUGGAAGCAAUUCUCAAGAUGUAUUCUAUUUUUAUGAAAUGUAUAUAUAUAUUACCUUGGUGUAUUUUCUAUAUAAUAUCUUGACGGACUCUUUUAUAAAAUUAUUUUAUAAAGCAAAAAACAAUGUUACAGUAAAACCAGCCUAAAUAAAAUUUUCACAUCCCUUUUCUUAA